AUGUCUACUGACUCGCAAGACGGUAGACUGACACCGUUACGAGCGAAUGGUAGCGAAAGUGGCAUGAUUCUUGUACUUUCUAUUCUCUGGGAUGCUUCUUUAGGUCAACAACAACGACCUUCAUCUGAAUUUUUUGUUAGACCGUCUUUGCCAAUUCGAUACAUGUACAUGACUCGUAUUUUAGUUAAUCUCCUCUGGUUCUCAAGAAACUAUUUUAAUUGGACAUUAUUGAUAUCUAUUGUGCUUGUCUUUUUUAUACCUCACUCUGCAUUAAUUCUCAUUAUAAGUGUGAGUAUGCAUCUUAUCAAACGAGGUACUUUUUUUAGAAAUGUGAAAAAUGGCACAGAUAAUAAUACAGGAGUAAAAAUGGGAAAUGAUCGUAGUAUAGCCAUUAUUUUACUAAUGAUCCUUCAGUUUUCUUCUUGUAUAGUAGUGUGUUACGUGUGUGGUAUUCUUCCUGUGAUAGGGUAUGCCAUCGUUGUAGUGUUGCCGGUGAUUGCCCAUGCGCUCUUCACUCCAUACACAGAUGAUGCCUUUGAACUCUAUCGCACGGUUUUGCGUAAUCGAGAUGUGUAUGUACCAAUGCCCCGUUCUCCAACACGCAACUUUGCCGUUAUGGAUCCCACAUUUGAGGCACUUGGCAGACGAGAUAGUCCACCAACAAGUCCAGGGAAUCGCGGCUUUAAUGGAAACUCACAGUAUAAACUAUCACCACAAAGAUCACUUCCUGCACUUCGACAAACAGUUAAAGAUGAUACCACUAACACAGUGCGGCGUAGGAAAAAAAAUGGUACAUUGGAGGAAAAUGUGUGUUUGUCUGGGAUAAUGAGUAAAUACACAAAGAAGAUAUGCUUAACAUCCCCUGGAAAAAUACACCAGGAGGAAAAACUAAAUUCGAAUGAGUCUCCUGAUUGUGUACCAUCUGUAACAUCUUCAAGUGAAGGUUUGUGUUCGACUACAUUGGAAAUUGGUGAGCCGUUCCGUCAUUUAAAGUUACAGAUGAACGAAGAAGAUGUUACCUUGUUGCCUUUUACUCCCACCAAUGGUUUUUGCUCAGUCCUCUACCCAUCAAUGAAAGAUGUUGAAGGAGAAGAAAAAGUAAAAGAUGAAGAAACCUCAAAAAGUAAUAUUGAUCAAUUGGUGAAGAGUAUGGAAUCAUCAUAUGCACAAGAAGUGCUACCAACAGCAGUGACAGAAAAUAAUAAGGAAUAA